AUGCCACACCAGCCGCGGGCCGUGUCUCCGGUCGCCUUUGAAGAAUGCUCCCUUCUACCUCCCCAUGUCGAUUCGGAUCCUUAUGACCUUCUGGGCUCAGACGACGAGCUUGACGAUGAAGCUCGUGCUGCGAAACGUCACCGAAUCGAACGCUUAGCCGAAUCAUAUCUACGGGGUCAACGUUUGUUCAUUGCCUCAGCGUCAUUACGGGGACCCUUUGAUGAUGGGUGGAAGAAUCCAUGGAGGAAAGAGAGGAGGGCUAUUACGAAAUCAGAUACACUGGCUGGAGCUAAGGGACAGAAGAAUACUAGCAGGAAGGCUCCAGCUCCGGCGUGUGUACAGGAGACAAAUAUGAAGCAUGUCAAGCAUAAAUCUAAUUUAACGCUUGUUUCUCGUGCUGCUACUUCUCCUCUACAUGUCGCCAGAGAGACGAUUUUGCCUGAGAUACCAAAAUCAGUGCAAAGAGCGCAGUCUGCUUUUGUUCAUCCAGGUUCUGUGGUUCGAGACUCGCCCCGAUUACCCAAGACGUAUACCGCAGCGUCAGGGGCGGAGGAUGAUCAUACAUUUCUCGGCGUGGGCUCUGUGGACUGGUUGAAAAAGGACCGAAAAUCGAAACACAUGAGCUACAGAACUUUUGAACCACCUACCUCGCCUACGCCGCACAGUGGAUAUCGCAGAAGCGCAGAGAAACGGUCUCGAGACGAUGUAUCAAUCUCUGAAGCUCCAGUGUCAUCUCGCGCAUCGCCUCAUCUAACGCCUCGCAAAAACACACAUAUUACGCGAAAAUCUUCAGAGCCGAUUAUCAAUCAUCAGUCACCGGCAGUGAGAUCGCCUCCAGAGAGUUCGGAAUCGAGCUCGGGUGGAGAUGUGCCCUACCGCGCUAAUGAUGAUAUCAUCGAUUCCCUCGAGCACCAUGAACAGGGAACUUCAUUUCGAGUCAUGUCUUCAACAUCCCAGCUGGCACGAUUUGAGUAUCGACAGCUGCGUGUGCCUCGCUUGAGCCCUCGAGUGUCUUCGAAUCCACUUGUUAUGGAGGAUACAACCGCGGAGCCGGCUCCUUCUCCCAGUCAAGACAGCAAUGACGAAGUAGCUGGGGCUGCUCAGGAUGAGGAAGAAGAUGAGGAGCAAGAAGAUGUGGAAGAGCCAGGAGAUCAAAUGGAGCCGGAGAUUGUACCAAAUAACGAGUUGAUGGAAGUUGAUGAGGAUAUCCAAGACCAGGGUCCACCGAAUCCUCCAGUACAGCUGUCAAAGAGUAUCAGAUUUGCAGAUGAUACAGAUGGAGGAAACUCGACCAACACAUCCCUUCCUCCUCCGACAGAACAAGAUACCUAUGAGGAACUCCCAUCUGCUCAACAAGUUCCUGUUCCACCAGGCAUAUCUGAUCGUAUCCCGUCGCUCCACUCGACAGUUCUACCAAAAGAAGCAUCACGUACAGAGGUCAAUUCUACUUCAGAUGCCCAACUAUCUACUCAGGCUGCCUUGUCGCUUGCACAAAAGUCCUUCAUGGACGAUUUGGAAAGCCCUAUGCACCAGUAUGGUGUCACACCCGGCCAUCAGCGUGGAAUAGACCCAGCAGAUGAGUCCCUCCUCGCACUAGAAACUCCUCUAUUUCGGCCUGGCACAUCGGAAAGGGCUCCACCCCGCAGUUUUGGACAAUCCGAGAAGGGCAAAAUGCAUGCCAUGAGCACCCAGUGCAUGCUUGAUGCUGCCACACCUUUCACCUUCAGCACAGGGAAAAAGCCACGAGCAUUUCGCUCUAUCUCCCCACAAAAGACCAACCCAAUCAAACCAAGAGCACUCCAUUUUGCGGAGAAUGCAUCACCCUCUCCAGACCCUACUCAACGAUCUCACCAUGAAAGCCCUACUCCAAAACACUCACCACCCAACAAUCACGUUGAUACUCACGUUAACCGCUCCACUACUGAAACAACCUCCUUGCCAUUGGCAUUGAGUGGAUCUACCCCAACCGCCUCACAAGAUGGACAAGCCGGCGUGUGGGCAGACAGUUUCAACCUCAACCAGGCUCUCGCCGAUGCUGGCACUUGGCUACAACAGAGCUUUGAUUUUAUGAAGGAUGUCGGACGAUCAAGUCAGAAGGGACAAGUGUCGUCCGAGGCAGCUCCCUCUGCAUCUCAGCUUUGA